UCGCGACCCCGCCUCUAAGGUAAAAUCCCAUGACGUAAACCCUAACCAUUACGGAAGUGAACCAGGCGACGAAACUAACAAAUCCAAACAAGUGGCGUGUGUUUUCUUGACUAACGGGUACUGAUUUCCAGAUUGUCGUCAUGUUGGGAGGAGGAUUCAAAGGAGAGAGGCUCAGAGUUAACCUCCGCCUGGUCAUAAACAGACUUAAACUCCUAGAAAAGAAGAAAUCUGAGCUCGCCCAAAAGGCAAGGAAGGAGAUUGCAGAUUACCUGUCCUCUGGUAAAGAUGAGCGGGCCCGGAUUCGUGUUGAGCACAUCAUCAGAGAGGACUACCUGGUUGAAGCCAUGGAGAUCCUGGAGCUUUACUGUGACUUGUUGCUCACUCGUUUCGGACUUAUCCAGUCCAUGAAGGAACUAGAUCCGGGCUUGCAAGAGGCAGUGUCUACGCUCAUCUGGGCAGCACCACGCCUGCAGUCAGAGGUGAACGAACUGAAGAUUGUUUCUGAACAGCUCUGUGCGAAAUACAGCAAGGAGUAUGGCAAGCUGUGCAGGACAAACCAGAUCGGCACAGUCAAUGACAGGCUGAUGCACAAACUGAGUGUGGAGGCCCCUCCCAAGAUCUUAGUGGAGCGUUAUCUGAUAGAGAUUGCCAAGAACUAUAAUGUGCCAUAUGAGCCUGACGCCAUGGUCCGGCCUGAAGUGUGUCCCGGAGAAGAGGCAGACCUCAUUGAUGUGAAUGCAGACAGGAAGAAUGGAGGUGGAGGAGGAGGUGGUGGAGGAGGUUUCUCUGCUCCUCCUGCCACAGCUAUGCAUAUGCCCAUGCCUAUGCCAAUGCCCAUGCCCAUGCCAUCAGCGUUUAACUACCCACCUCCAAAAGGAGCCGAACCUUAUAACCCUUCAGUUGGAACCUACAACAGCUUCCCGCCCCCAGGGGUAGGAGGGCAGCCCCCUCAGCUGCCUACUUCUCCCCCCACCUACGAGUCUAUCGAUGACCUCAAUGAAAAACCCUCUGUUCCCUCUCAGACUGUAGGUCCUUCUCCUGCACCUCGUCGCUCGUAUGACCACAACAAUCUACCAGAACUUCCCUCCGUUCCAGACACACUCCCAACCUCCUCCAUUGGUGGACACACCACUAACUCUGAUGACAUCGACUUUGACGAUUUGACACGACGUUUCGAGGAGCUGAAAAAGAAGACCUAAUAUGUAACACAAUUGAUCUGUUUUCUUUUUGUUUUGUUUUUUUCGCUCACAGGCCUGUGUCAUCACUUACACAAGCCAGAACAUUAAAUUGGGCAAAUGGUUAAGGUUUUGAAUCAGAUUUGGGUAGUUCUCCUCCAUCCCCUAAUCCUUAUAAAGCAAUUUUACAAAGAUUUUAAAAGAAAAUAUACAUAUAUUCUUACCUCCUUUACACAAGUACGACCUACUAACUGAAGGUGUGGAUGCUCACCCACCAACACCGUCUGCUAGGAAAUGUCUUCUCUCUUUCUGGAUGCGAAUGCUACAUGAUUUUUUUUCCCCAUUUUAAAUUGCAACAAAUAUUUAAACCUAUAUAUAUUCUGAAUUACAUUCAUGUGAAAACUGAGCCCCUUCCACUUGUUUCCAUUCAAAUACACACUGUCUUAACUAGCCUGAACAAUUAAAUUACUUAAAACUAGAUUUCAUUUGUUUUUCAUGUGGUUUCAUGUUUGACUAACAUUUACGGUCCCUGGCUUGGUUGACUCUUCAGCAUGAGCAGUCAAACAAGCCCGACAGGUUUCCCCACUGUGACAAGAUGCAUUUAAUAACAUAUCCUCUCACUAUAGGUUCUUGCACUCAGCAGUUAAAGCAACUAAACACAGACAAAAGCCUUUUAUCUACAGUGUGCUGUGCAGUCUGUGUAGUUUUCCUGCUUUUGAACUAAGGUUGUCUGAUCUGCAACCCACACUGAGCUACUUUAAUACCUGGAAAAAAGUGUGUUGCCUUGAGAAAAAAGUUGGAAAAUGUUGAAACCCAUGAAUCAGUGAAUCAGAUUUUGUCGUAAAAAAUACAAUACCUCCCAAAAAAAAAACAUUUUCAUUGAUGUAGAUAAUAACUUUCUCAACUAAUUUAUCAGGACAUCAAAAGACAUUUGGCAGCAGGCUCAUUGCUUAUUAUUUGAAGAGUACGUUUCUAAUCAAUCCCUCUGAAAAAUACCUCCCUGAAUGCCAGUUUUACCAAAUGCUUGUACUUUUAAGAUGUAUGAUUACCUAAUUCAAAAGCACUCCUUUCUUCGAACCCAUCGGAUAUGACUGGAUGUGGUGUUUUACCCCAGCAGUGAUCGUUUUAUGUUGUCUCCUGGAAUGUGUGCAGGCGUCUUAUACUGUGUGCACUGCUGCAUUUGCCUUAGCUGUUGUAUUUCAUCUGAGGCCUUGCCAGUCUGUGAAUGGACUAAACAAUUGUCACCCAUCAAGACUGGAGUCAUGUUACCUGUGUUGAGUGUUUGUUUGCUUUUAUGUAACAAAUGAAAAGUAUUCUUUCUUAAAUUACAAGAUAAAAUCAUACUUUUAUUAAAUUAGAAUCUGCUCUGUCUAGAGGAAUGGGGUUCAUUUUGAAAAUGUAAAAUGGGUUGAGGGUUUUAUCUUUGUGCAGACGUGACGCAUCGCUGUAACCUUACCACACCCGGCUCUGGUUACAUGGCACAGGAACGGCGGCCUUGUCAAUGAUGAUUCAGCAGUUUCUGGAGAUACAAAGAAUGGCUUUCAGUCUGGAUUGUAAACACUGUUAUUUCCAAUUAAUAUGUUUUGUAGGAUAUAAAAUGAGAUCGACACUACAGAGCUGUGAUCUGCUCCGUAUUUUUUUUUUUUUAUGUUCAACGUCUUAUUAAAUGCUUAUGACAUUUAUGCUUAUACUGUUUAUGUCAUUCUGUUUCUUUAGGCACAGCAAUGUGUCAGGUUGAACGAGUUUAGCAGUUUCUUUCCACAAUGUAUGCUAAUAUGAACAUUUAAUAAAAGACUAUUUGGA